GGGAGCGAGAUAUGCCACUGCUCCCGUCCUCACUUAUCUGGACUCUCACUGCGAGUGUGCCGAAGGUUGGCUGGAGCCGCUUCUGGACCGAAUAGCUCGAGAUCCGACCACUGUGGUCUGUCCGGUUAUUGACGUCAUAGACGACAACACGCUUGAGUAUCACUGGAGAGAUUCCGGCGGUGUUAACGUCGGCGGUUUCGACUGGAAUCUUCAGUUCAACUGGCACGCAGUCCCAGAUCGUGAGAAGAAACGUCACCAGAACUCGGCCGAACCCGUGUUCAGCCCCACAAUGGCCGGGGGACUGUUUAGCAUUGAUAAGCAGUUCUUUGAGAAACUGGGAACCUACGACAGCGGAUUUGAUAUUUGGGGUGGUGAGAAUUUGGAACUUUCCUUCAAGACGUGGAUGUGUGGAGGCACCCUUGAGAUAGUCCCUUGCUCACAUGUGGGACAUAUAUUCCGCAAAAGGUCGCCAUACAAAUGGAGGUCAGGAGUUAAUGUACUGAAAAGGAACUCUAUUAGGUUGGCAGAAGUGUGGAUGGAUGAGUAUGCGAAAUAUUACUACCAGAGAGUCGGCAAUGAUUUGGGAGAAUAUGGGGAUGUGUCAUCCCGAAAAGAAUUGAGAAGAAAAUUGGGAUGCAAAUCUUUCAAAUGGUAUUUGGACAACAUUUAUCCGGAAUUAUUUGUACCUGGAGAGGCUGUCGCGUCAGGAGAGAUCCGCAACAUGGGUAUUGGUGGCAAGACUUGUGUUGACUCACCGGCACGUAAGGGAGAUUUCCAUAAACCGGUUGGACUCUAUCCAUGUCAUAGAAUGGGUGGCAAUCAGUACUGGAUGCUGAGUAGAACUGGAGAAAUCCGGAGGGAUGAGGCUUGUCUGGACUAUGCUGGACAAGAUGUGAUACUCUAUCCCUGUCAUGGGUCCAAGGGUAACCAAUUUUGGCAGUACAGACCUGAUACAAAACUCAUCCAGCACGGCAGCAGUAAAAAAUGUCUGGCAAUUUCCGAAGACAAACAAAAGCUGCUCAUGGAAGAAUGCAACAGUAGUUCACCGAAGCAACAGUGGAAAUUCGAAAAUUACGACGCUGCAAAACUAUAGUGCUGUGAAAGGGGCAGAACAAGCCAAUGGUUAACUCAUAAAUAACUGUGAUUUAUUAAUAACAGUGAUCGGUAACCGUUACUGUGUAACUGUUACUGACCUACUGCUACUGAAUAACUGUUACUGGCUUACUGCUACUGUCCUACUGCAUGCGUUGAAAAAUUUCCCAACUUUUUAAACUGGAACAAUUGAUUAACUGUUACAUGUGUUGAUAAUAACCGUUACCGUGAAACUGUUACUGUUGAGGUAAA